AUGGCAGCUACAAGUCCGCAAAGUAAUGGCAUCUCUCCACGCGCAUACGCAGCGCAGCACGCUCGCUCGCCGAGCAGCUUCAAAGGAUGUUCGAGAAUCACCGACUACGAGAUUAUGGGCAAGCUAGGAGAGGGUACCUUUGGAGAAGUUCAUCGCGCAAGGUCAAAGAGGACUGGAAAGAUAUUUGCCCUGAAGAAGAUUCUUAUGCAUAAUGAGAAGGAUGGAUUUCCCAUAACAGCGCUGCGGGAGAUCAAGCUGCUGAAGCUGUUGUCGCAUGACAAUAUUCUCAGGCUAGAAGAAAUGUCAGUUGAACCACAGAUCACGAAGGACAAGAAGAAGCGCGCGAUUAUGUAUAUGGUUACGCCUUAUAUGGACCACGAUCUCUCUGGUUUAUUGGAAAACCCGGAAGUGCCAAAAUUUACGGAACCUCAGAUCAAGUGUUAUAUGCUACAACUGCUAGAGGGAACGGCCUACUUGCAUGAUCAGCACAUAUUGCACAGAGAUAUGAAGGCGGCCAAUCUACUGAUCAAUAAUCAAGGGCUACUACAAAUAGCGGAUUUUGGAUUGGCGCGACAUUACCACGAAGAUGUGCCUGUCCCGAAAGGUGGUGGAGGCCCUGGACACAGAGAAUACACAACGCUGGUCGUGACGAGAUGGUAUCGGCCGCCGGAAUUGCUGCUGGGAAUGAAAAAAUAUACUUCCGCGAUAGAUUUAUGGGGGGUUGGCUGUGUGUUUGGAGAAAUGCUUGUUGGGAAGCCAAUCCUGGCUGGAGAUAGCGACCAGAAUCAACUCAAGAUCAUUUUCGACUUAGUGGGAAGCCCAACAGAGGACACAAUGCCACGCUGGAGGUCUUUACCGAAUGCGGAAGGCUUGAAUGUGCCACCUAGAGCACCAACGCUGUUCCAGCGAUUUAGAGAAUACGGAUCUAGCGCAUGCAAUCUCCUCCAAGUACUCCUCACCUUGGACUACCAGACACGCUGGAACGCCCUUGAUGCUUUACAGCACGAAUACUUUAGAACUGAACCUUUACCGGCCAAACCUGGUGAUAUCCCAAUAUUCGAGUCAUCUCACGAGUUGGAUCGUCGUAAGGUGCGAGGACAAAAGGCUGGUCUCCCGCCCGCACCAAAAGGAGGAACUGUUGGAAUGGGUCCAACUGGUGGGUGGGGUGGAGCCAACGGCAACCAGGGUGCUGAUCAUGAUGGAUCCUACAAUUAUAACAACAGAAAUUACAAUCGCCCGCCACCAGUUGGGGGAUAUCGAAAUGGCUUCCAUCCACCCCCGGAAGGUGAACGUAGACCCGCAUGGCGACGAGGAGACGAUCGCCCAGAUCCACGAGGCCUGCCCCCACGGCCUCCACCCAUGGACUACCUCGAUGGUGGCCGUUCCGACCGUCCAGAUGGUUAUAGAUCCCGAUCUCGAGAAGUAGAUCGACCCCCAUUACCCAGAGGCAGAGGUAGUGGUUCCGCAAAUAUAGACACCUACAUUCCUAGCUAUGGUCCUGACAGCGGCCGGCCCGAACGGCCAGAACGUCGAGACGACCGUAGACGCCGCGACGACCGCGAUGAUCGUGGAGAACGGAGACACCACGGUGAUCGGGACCGAAUUGAUUAUGAUGAUCGGAGUCGCAGUGGUAGGACGAGGAGUAGGAGUCGUAGUCCCAUACGAGACAGAGAAAGGGACCGGAGAGAUAGAGGGUCGGUUGAUAGAGAGAGAGACCGAGAGCGGGAAAGAGAGAUGUAUCGUCGUUGA